AUGAGCAGGGCAGGUCGAGCUCAUAAAAAUGCUUCUCCUGUCGAUAUUCAGAAGAGUGAAUUAGAAAAGCUACUGAAUAAUCCAGAAAAGGCCAUAAAAGCCAUCAAUGGGAUUAAAAUUGUGAAAACUGGUGAUGUCACGGGUGAAACUGUGAGAAACAAGGAUCAACUGGCUGUCGUUAGUUCAAUAUCGGCAGCAGGAUCUGGCGAUUUCCAUCUCUAUAAAAAUACAAAACGACGAGAACUGGAUAAACAGGGGGAGGAGGAGAGGUUGAUCCAGAAGAAACAGGAUGAUGAGGAAUUCGAGAGAAAGAGAAAGGAAGCAGAACAACGGGAUAAUGCCAGAACACAGAAAAAUCGCGAAAGGAGAAAAAAGAGGAGGCUGAAGGAAAAUAGGCAAGAUUCUGCUGGUCCCUCAGCUACCAAUGGGAGUCAUUCCACUGAAACUCCUUUGCAGAAGAACCAUGAGAACCACAAGAAGAGCCCUCGACCCCAAAAGGACAGUGACCAAGUUCUUGUAAUUGAGUCCGAUCUCUAG